AUGCUCAAAAAACCAGCCAAGCCCUUUGCCGCCUCAUGGCUGGCCAUUGCUGCCCUCUCCAUGUUUGGCGUUGGCAUGCUCAUCGCCUUCCAAGCUGGCGUGCGCACCGGACGCUCUCGCUUUUUGGUAUCCUUUGCCGCCCCCGCCCCCAUAAAUAGUCCUCAGCGCAGCGCCGGGCCGCGUGCGCUGCGCGCACAGGACGAGCUCAUCGAAGCCCCACUCGCGGCCAGUCAAACCGAUGACGUUUGUCCGCGCUAUGCCUCUCCAUUUGAAUCCAUAAUGUGGACUCGAGCCAAUCUGGCCGAGGCUGAGGCCCGGGAGGAAGAGCUGCGGGAGCGAUCCUAUGAGCUCGUAUCUCAUGCACAGGAUCUGAGUCAUGCCGCCAACGGUGCCGUCCAACACAUUAUCAACGACUUGAUUCAGGCGCACCAGGAAAUUCGCCAAAUCAAUACCCAGCAUCGCAAGCUCGCCAACAACGUCAAGGCCCUCACGCAGAGUCUGAGCGCCAACAACAAGCGUCAGGCUGCCGCUGCCUCGGAAUCGGAUUCCACUGACUUGACAGAAAUCGUACAACAAUUGCGUGAUGUGCUGCGCCAGCGUGCCAACACGGAGCACGCCGCCGAUGUCUCACCUGAGGACCUUCAAGGUGCGCUCAAGGACAUGAAUGAUAGCCCCCAGGAUUCCGCCGAGGAAGAUCAAGAUGGCUUUUGGGAAACAGACGCGCCAGUCCAACCUGGCCAAAUUCGCGUGGCGCGCAGCGCCACCUGCCUAGAUGGCUAUGACAGCAACCGUUUGAUCGUGUACAACUGCAAUAGCAAAAUCAAGUCGCAAUACUGGACUUUCCACCAAGGGCGCAUCAUCACACAUUCUGAUCAAUGCCUCGACACCGCUGCCGUGGAGGUGGGUGCGGUCGUGCGCCUCGCCCAGUGCGAUGCCACCAAGUCAACACAGCAGUGGGAAAUCAAGGCCUUUGACAACUUUGCUUGGAACGUGAGCAGUCAAAUCCGUACAGCACAGGGGGACUUGUGCUUGACGGCGCCCAGGCCUUACGAUGAGGACAUUGCCUCGCGCAGCUGCAGCCAGCUCUGGCACGUCCAUGCGUUGGCGGUGCCACAGCAGCAGGUCGACCCAGAUCGGGCGCACGACGACACGGUUCACGCACACCAGCUACGGGCUGCCAUCGCACGCAAUCCCAUGCAAACCGUGUGGACACCUGCCGAUCGCCGCGGCGCACGCAUCUUUUGUUGGAUCAUGACCAAUCCAGCCAACCACGGGGAAAAGGCCGUCGCCGUCGAGCGCACCUGGGGCCGACACUGUGACAAGCUGGUUUUUGUCACCACGGAAGAGGAUGCCGCGUUUCCCACCUGGUUGGCCACAUUGCCCUCAAGCGAAUCGCGGGCCAUGUUGUGGCGCAAGAGCAAGUACGCUUGGCUCCGCGCUUAUCGGGAGGAGCUGAAUCACUUUGAUUGGUUCAUCCGAGGUGACGACGACACGUACAUGAUGAUGGACAACGUGGGUCACUUUCUGCAGCAGUACGACGCAGCAGAGACCCACUACUUUGGACGUCGCUUCCUGUUUACUGACUUGAGCCUGCAAGCAAAGAUCCCCUUUUACUCGGGUGGGCCCGGUACCAUUUUGUCGCGAGGCGCACUGCAGCGCCUGGGCCAGGCCGUGGACCAGAACAUGACGGUCUUGAGUGAUCGCGACACGUUUGCCGACGACUUGGAACUGGCAUUGGCGCUCAACCGCCUGGGAAUCAUGCCCAAGGAAACAGUGGAUGAACGCGGUGGCCAGCUCUUCAUUGCAUUGGGUCUCGAGUCGGAGCGCAGCAUCCGUCGCCAAGACGACCCUGACAAUUGGUUUUGGGAUUACAGUCCCGAGGCAAAGGAGGGCCCGGAUUGUUGUGCAGAGCGCUGGCUUGGCACCCACUAUGCUUCUGCCAGCUACAUGUACAGCCUGGAUGACAUGCACCUGAUGCAGUGCGAAGGGGCUGGCCCAGUGGACCUGUGA